AUGUACGCCACUGCUAUCCGGGCCAGAAUGGCCACCCUCGCUGCCCGUCGUGGCUUCUCCACCACUCGUGCCCAGCUCGGUAGUCCCUACCACUACGCUGAGGGCCCUCGCACCAACAUUCCCUUCAACCCUCUGACCAAGCACUUCUUCUGGAGGUACUGGGCUUUCAUGAUCACCGGUUUCGGUAGCCCUUUUGCCAUUGCCGUCUGGCAAACCUACAAGACCCGCUAA